GGCGGCCCCGGGCCAGCAGUAGCCUCGGCACGGAGCCGACGGCUGCCACCCGCCGGAUCGAGCAGCAGCGCAGAGCCGGAGGACGACGAAGGAGGGCAAGAUCUUCAGCUGGAAGGGGGUGCCUUGGGGUCCUGGGGGAAUACCCCCCUGCCCUCCUCCAGGGCCAGGGGACCAGCAUCUUCAGGCAGGAAAUACUCAGACCACUGUGAGGCCCGGGCCUCAAGACCUGGAAAAAGCCGCAUCCCUGGCCGUGACCACCGGCGCUACUACCAUGACCACUGGCGGCUGGAGUACCUGAUGGACUUCAACCCUGCACGGCAUGGCAUGGUGUGCAUGGUGUGUGGCAGCUCCCUGGCUACCCUCAAGCUCAGCACUAUCAAGCGGCACAUCCGCCAAAAGCACCCCUAUUCCCUGCACUGGAGUCCCCGGGAGAAAGAAGUCAUCAGCAACAGCUGGGACGCUCACCUGGGGCUGGGGACCUGCGGAGAGGCUGAGGGCCUGGGGGUCCAGGGGACUGAGGAGGAGGAGGAAGAAGAAGAAGAGGAGGAGGAGGAAGGGGCCAGCCUCCCAGCUUGCCCUCCCAAGGGCCCAGGCAAAGCCCCAGCUGGUGGGGGCUGCUGGCGCCAGCGACGAGGGGGCCCAGUGGCACCCCGUGCUCGGCGUCUGCGCCUCUCAGCUUCCCGGAGGGCCGGGGGCAGCAGGGGGCUGGGGGCCCGGCGCAUGGAGAGGAGGCUGAAGGAGUCCCUGCAGAACUGGUUCCGGGCUGAGUGUCUCAUGGACUAUGACCCGCGGGGGAACCGGCUGGUGUGCAUGGCCUGUGGCCGGGCAUUGCCCAGCCUGCACCUGGACGACAUCCGUGCCCAUGUGCUGGAGGUGCACCCCAGCUCCCUGGGGCUCAGCGGUCCCCAGCGCAGUGCCCUGCUGCAGGCCUGGGGUGGCCAGCCUGCAGCUUCGCUGUCUGAACUCACCCAUUCCCCACCAGACGAUGACCUCGUCCCCCAGGACCUGACCAGAAAGAGGAGCCGGGAUUCGCCCCCGGCUGCUGGAUCCUCCUCCUCUCAGGAUCUCAGCCCCCCAGACGUAAAGGAAGAGGCUGGCUGGGUCCCUGAGAGGCCCAGGCCCGCAGAGGAGGAGGAGGAGCUGGAGGAGGGCGAGAGGGUGGGGGUCCCGGGCAGGUUGCCACCGGGCCUCAGCCACCGCCGCCACUACCAGGAGCGCUGGCGGCUGGAGUACCUCAUGGAGCUGGGCGGCGGCCGGCGCGGCCGGGUGUGCAUGGUGUGCGGGGGCUCGCUGGCCUCGCUCAAGAUGAGCACCAUCAAGCGGCACAUCCGCCAGCGCCACCCGGGCUCCACGCGCCUCGGCGGGCUGGUCAAGGCCCUCAUCGCCCAGGAGUGGAGCGAGAAGGCCGCCCAUCUGCUGGCACUGAGCCUGCCCUGCCCAGAGUCUCCCCGGGGCCCUGCCGCCCCCAGCACAGCCGAAGCCUCCGAGGAGGGGGGAGGGGACGAGGAGGAGCCUGAGGAGGAGGAGUGGUGGGGCGACAUCCCACUCUCCACUGGGGCUCCGUUGGAGCGGCCCGCCGAGGAAGAGGACGAAGAGGACAGCCAGGAGCCGGGGGGACUCCUCUUGCCGCUGCCACCGCCGCCGCCUCCCCCGCCACCGCCGCCCCGAAGCCGGGAGCAGCGGCGGAACUACCAGCCUCGCUGGCGGGGCGAGUACCUGAUGGACUACGACGGUAGCCGGCGCGGCCUGGUGUGCAUGGUGUGCGGGGGCGCGCUGGCCACGCUCAAGGUGAGCACCAUCAAGCGGCACAUCCUGCAGGUGCACCCCUUUUCCAUGGAUUUCACGCCCGAGGAGCGCCAGACCAUCCUGGAGGCCUACGAGGAGGCGGCACUGCGCUGCUAUGGCCACGAGGGCUUCGGGCCGCCGGCUCCGGCCCCGCGCGACGGCGGCGCGGACCUCAAGUCAGGCGCCGUGUGCCGGGCGUAG